UUCACCGAGAUCGCCAUGAGCUCCUGCAAGUACACCGGCGGCGUCAUGAAGCCGCUCAGCCGCCUCAGCGCCUCCCGUCGGAACCUCCUCGACGCCGCCGCCGAGCCCGAAGCGCAGCCGCUCCAACUCCUGGGCGCCGGCGUCGGGCACCCGCCCGAGAUCGUCAUCUCCCGGGAGGACAACCACUCGCCCCAGGGGCUCCUCCACCCGCACCCCAACGCCGUCGGGGCCGGCCCCGGGGGAGCCGGCCACAAGCACCCGCCGGUCGCCGGCGGGACCUCCUACGCCAAAGCGCCCAAGCGCAAGAACCAGAACAUCGGCUACCGCCUGGGCCACCGGCGCGCCCUCUUCGAGAAGCGCAAGCGGCUCAGCGACUACGCGCUCAUCUUCGGCAUGUUCGGCAUCGUGGUGAUGGUCAUCGAGACGGAGCUGUCGUGGGGCUUGUACUCCAAGGGUUCCAUGUUCUCUCUGGCACUGAAAUGCCUUAUCAGCCUCUCCACUGUCAUUUUGUUGGGUCUCAUCAUCGCCUACCACACCCGAGAAGUUCAGCUCUUCGUGAUCGACAACGGCGCCGACGACUGGCGGAUUGCAAUGACCUACGAGCGCAUCCUGUACAUCAGCUUGGAGAUGGUGGUGUGCGCCAUCCACCCCAUCCCUGGGGAGUACAAGUUUUUUUGGACGGCCCGGCUGGCCUUCUCGUACACGGCUUCGCGGGCGGAGGCCGAUGUGGACAUCAUUCUCUCCAUCCCCAUGUUCCUGCGCCUCUACCUGAUCGCCCGCGUCAUGCUCUUGCACAGCAAGCUCUUCACGGACGCCUCCUCCCGCAGCAUCGGGGCCCUGAACAAAAUCAACUUCAACACCCGCUUCGUCAUGAAGACCCUCAUGACCAUCUGUCCCGGGACUGUCUUGCUGGUCUUCAGCAUCUCCUUGUGGAUUAUCGCUGCCUGGACGGUGCGCGUGUGUGAGAGGUACCACGACCAACAAGACGUCACCAGCAACUUCCUGGGCGCCAUGUGGCUGAUCUCCAUCACCUUCCUGUCCAUCGGCUACGGCGACAUGGUGCCGCACACUUACUGCGGGAAGGGCGUUUGUCUGCUCACGGGCAUCAUGGGGGCUGGCUGCACCGCCCUGGUUGUGGCUGUCGUGGCCCGGAAGUUGGAGCUCACCAAAGCUGAGAAACACGUGCACAACUUCAUGAUGGACACGCAACUCACCAAGCGGAUCAAAAACGCUGCUGCCAACGUCCUGCGGGAAACCUGGCUCAUCUACAAACACACCAAAUUGCUGAAGAAGAUCGACCACGCCAAAGUCCGGAAGCAUCAGAGGAAGUUCCUCCAAGCCAUUCACCAGUUAAGGAGCGUGAAGAUGGAGCAGAGAAAGUUGAGUGAUCAAGCCAACACCCUGGUUGAUCUUUCCAAGAUGCAGAACGUCAUGUAUGACCUCAUCACGGAGCUGAACGACCGGAGUGAGGACCUGGAGAAACAGAUCGGGGGCCUGGAGUCUAAACUGGAGCAGCUGGCCACCAGCUUCAACUCCCUACCCCUCCUCAUCACGGACGCUCUGCGCCAGCAGCAGCAGCAGCUACUGGCCACCGUCAUGGAGGCCCGGGGGGUGAGCGUGGGCGUGGGCGCCCCCCAGACUCCUCUCUCUGACAGUCCCCUCGGAGUCAGCUCCACUUCUUUCCCUCCCCCCUACACCAGCUCCAGUAGUUGUUGA